ACAUGUGCUCCCUGUCCCUCUUCCACUACUCCGAGUACCUGGUGACAGCCAUCAACAACCCGCGCAGCCUCUCGCUGGACUCCUUCCUCCUCAACCACAGCUUCGAGUACAACCUGGCCGCCCUCUCCUCCUGGGUGGAGUUCACCCUGGAAAAGUUCAUUUGGCCCGAAAUGAAGCAGAUCACCUGGCUCAGUACUGUAGGGUUAUUGAUGGUGAUCUUUGGGGAUUGUCUGAGGAAAGCUGCCAUGCUCACAGCUGGCUCCAACUUCAACCAUAUUGUUCAGAAUGAGAAAUCGGAUACUCAUACUUUGGUGACAAGUGGGGUGUAUGGGUGGUUCCGGCACCCGUCUUACGUGGGAUGGUUUUACUGGAGUAUUGGAACACAGGUAUUACUCUGCAACCCCAUCUGUGUGGUUGGCUACACGUUAGCAUCCUGGCGCUUCUUCCGAGAGCGAAUAGAGGAGGAGGAGAUCACGCUCAUUCACUUCUUUGGAGAAGAGUAUCUGGAGUACAAAAAGAAGGUGCCAUCAGGUCUCCCUUUGAUUCGAGGAGUUAAAGUGGAACUGUAACACAUGCACAACUGCACUGACUGAGCAAGCAUCUGGCUCCAAGCAUUGUAGGGCGAGGAACUAUGCAUAGUACUGGCUCUGAUAGCAGCCUGGCCAUCCACUAGAAGCUCAUUAAGGGCUAAAGAGCUGGACGGCCUUCUGGGUCACUAGAAGAUCAGCAGCUUGUUCGUCCUUCUUGAGAUAAGAGUACUCCGUAUGCACAUUCGGGGAUCUUCUGGAUAAUUUAGCCGAUAGCGAUCCUCAGACGAAUCACUCUGCCUACAACAACUGAAUUGUACUGAAACUCAUGUUGACUGAUUCUUUUGGAGAAUGAGCUUUGCACUUCUACCGUUGCACUGGAAAGGUGCUAGUUGGAAGAUUGUUUCUGUGGCAUACCUUAAUUUUUAAAGCUUUUUGAGCUCACGAGCUAGACAGCACAGCUUCAAUCUCUCUAGAUCUGAUUCUGCAAGGCCUAGUCCGAUGCCACUGAACUCGGUGGACUAGCUUUGUGCUUGGACAGCUUGCAGGAGCAGGGCUUUAUCUUGUCUCUUCAAAUGCAUGGGUCUACGUAUUGUUUUGGAUAUACGCUUGCCAGAAAGCUGGCAAGGUGGCACAAACCGGUUUCCCCCAGUCGCUGUGUUAAUAGGGAGCCUUUUAAGUACUCGCGAUGCUUCUGAAUUGCAAGCAUCUCUAUUAAACAUCGCAAAAGCGUAAGCAGUCUUGUAUUCCACAGUUGUUGCCACGAACCCAAGAGUCGGUUUCAGUUGCUAGUUCCCCGAAUCCCCUUGCCAAGUCUGUUCUGUCCCUACAGACAGUAUUCUCGUUGGACUUGCUUCCAAAUCACGCUGCUUUCUAUCCUGUCAGGUGUCUUUAGUGUCUUUACUAGUCAAGUCUCUGCCUUGCAGAGAUCCCAAGAUUUUUGGUUUGGCUUUUGUUUUCCAGAUCUUGGAAAGUCAGGACAAGACCCGUAGCUGUCAAGCUUGCAAAGAGCUUUAGCACUUAAGAUCCUUGCCUAGUUUUGCAUUAAACCUGGGACUGUUCGUGUGAAGAGGACAUGCUGCUAGGGAAGUUCUCUGAAGAAGAAAAGUUUGGCCUGCUAACUCUAUUUUAAAUAUUACCAUUUUGGAAAUGGUUGCUAUUCAAGUUUUGUGGUAUAACUUCUUCUGUUAUUAUAUACCAAAGAGGUUCACUGUUUUCUUGGGUUUUACAUAAUUCUUCCUUGCUGGAAUGGAAAUUAGCUGCUCGUCAGUACGUGCUUUGGGCUUGCAGUAUUCCUUAAUGAAGGAACUGUAAUACAGCUCAGGACCAAGGGCACUGAUGGAUUUUUUUUUUUCGGUUUAUUUUUUAAAGAAAAAAAGGAAAGAAAAAAUUGCCAACUUCUGUCUGGUUGUUAUUGGAGAUCUCUUGAGGUGGUGGUAACAGCGUCGAGAUUAGAAUUCUUAAUUUUAUAAUUCCCGGUGGGUUUUCAGUACACUUCAGUAUUAAAUUGAAGUACGACCCUGACUUUCAAUAACCUGUGGAACUGCAUAGCCAGAGAGCUAGGGGCAAAUUCUGAAUUCUCUACUUGCUUAUUAAGCUAUGUGAAAUCCUUUCUUCUCCGGGUUACGCUUUGUAUUACAGAGUACUUUCUGCAUUGAAUAUCAGCUUACAACAUUCUCUGAUAACUUUGUCUUCUACUGAAUAUGUUUUUAGCUUGGAAGAAAAGAAUAUGAAAAUAUAACAACCGGAUAGCGUUGAUUUCUCUGCGUAGUUAUUUGUAAGCUCGUGUUCAGACUUUUCUUUGCAAUAGAGGUGCCUCCGAUAUACUUCUCCAAGGAAACUGUAAUUUUUGCUCUUAUAGCCAACAUACCUCAGACGUCUCGGACAAAGUAGUUUUUAACUCCGUUAAAAAUAUUUUUUGUACGUCUUACAAUGUAUCUCCUGUGAACUUGCAUAAAUGUACUUUGAAACGAAAGCAAUUAUCACUUGGAUUUGACACAAGUUAACAGCGGAAAUUAUUUUUUAGUCUCAAAUUGUUCUUUGUAGUCAACUGAAACGUGUCACCAGCUGCACGAUUUGUCUCCCAAGUAGUGGAAAAUGUAUUAGGGAAUUAGUUCACUAAGAAACUAGCUUUGUCCUGUCAUUUAAGUGGGACACCAUGUGUGAAUCCAAACGUAUAUUUGAUUGCAACGAGACGUGUUGAUGCAACGGUAGUCUUAUUUUACAAGCUGUAAGCUAACGUCACGUUGCCCGUGGUGCUCCUGGAGAUGUCUCCUCGGGAAGACUGAUCUCCGUUCCCCGCAGUCAGUUACGUUCGCGUGCCCCUCGCAGACAGCUGCCAGAAGAAAGCUGGUGAGGUUCUCGGCCGGCUGACGAGCCGGCUCCCUCAGCGGGGUUCUUCACCCUCUCUCCCCUUCUGGCCUUUGUUUCCUUCUGGCCAUAAGGCAGGUGCUGCGGUGUAAAGCAGGGUGCCUGGCUUCUGAACUUAAACUCCUGUUAGAUGUUCAGCACUUACCUACUGAAGUCUUUUUCUUUACUUAGUCUGAAGGCGUAUUUAAGAAAGUAUACUCUGCUGCAGUUUGAUAGUCAUACAGAUCCACGAUCCUGGAACUUGUGCUUUGGAAGAUGCAUCGUGUCACAUGCUUAGGAUAGCUGUCUGUGCAUAGGUAUUUUGACUAUCAUGUAUAUUUUUUAAGUAAUGACUGCUGUUUCUAAAGCAUGAAGCUGAAUGCCGGUGGUUCUCUUUUGGCUUCCAAUAAAUAAUUGGUGUCAGCGUAGAGAUAGGAUGCUCCCAGUUAUGAGGAGGAGGGCUUUCAGGCUAAAUCAUGGGCGGUGCCAAAUCGUGCCUACUGAACCUCAGGUGCUGUGGAAUACGUCUGCUAGCUGUCAGGGUGCAUGCUGUCCUGGUGGGAACACUUUCUCAAAGAUGUGCUUUCUUUUAUUCUCUUUUCCGUAAACCAAAACUUGGCUCGCUGUGUUGAUGAGAAGAGCAGUAGCUGUAGCACGCUGGGCAGAAGAGCAGUGCUUGCAGAGAGCGCCACUCUGCUCCGACACGUUGGCAGCACCCCAAAGAAGCGGCUCUUCGUGUUAACACUAACUUUUACCCAGCUUAGCGCUUGUAUGGCAGUAGGGUUUGUCCAAGGCAGGAUGUGUUGAAACAACAAAAUCGGAAAAAACUUCCUCAUCUGUAGCAAAACUUCAAGGCUCACUUGGUGCUUUUUGGACCUUUGCCCUCAAUCAGGCUGGCUAGCAGUUAUGUUCCACAAACAGUCCUCUGUGUGUGUCCCGUGACUUGAGUAUGUGGAAUCUUAGUUAGGAGAAAGGAGCUCACCAGACAAGAGGAAGGUAUCUGAAUUUUUACUGAAAAUCUAAAUCAACUAGUUAAACACUACGCUUCUGUGCUGCAGCAGCCCACAAUUUUUUUUAACUAGAAUAACUAUUAAAAGGAAUAGAGAACCUCUUUCUGUUACUGUACUUAAGUUUUUGAUUCUGCUCCCUGUUAGCAGUUCAGAAGACACACUGCAACCCUGAUGGGAAGUCCUGGCUUUAGCACGCAUCUAAUUCCCCCUGCCCUGAGUUUACGAACUUAGUGUGGGUUUUAAGAGCAGCUGGAACGCCCAGAACUGACAGGCCUGUUUUCUCUUGUCCUGCAUUGCAGACAAAAGAGGGACUAAAUCAUGCCGUUUUAUCUCGUUGUUAAUACAUGAGAUAGUAAGUGAUUAAGUAAAUUAUUUUUUCAGAGAAACAAAGUAAUUCCUAAAGCAGGGUUUUGAUACAUGUUACACUUCAGAACGUUAGCUGUAUUCUGAUUCUCUGGUUUUUGUCUUUGCUCAUGGCACAAAAUAAGAGUUCUUAGACAAUCGGGGUAGAGCUUUUAUAUGCAAAUGCGUACUUGCCCACCCACUGCACUACCUGACUGUUGUGAGCCGCUUCUAAUCUAGCCCUUUCUCAUUUGGUAAAUAAGCUUUAGAUUUGCAAUCCGAUAGGGAAGCAGCUUCUCGUUUUUGGAGCAAGCGCUCAGGCAUCCCUAUUGGAGCAGGAGGCCGUUAGCUCAACAUCUGAGAUAGGAAACUUUGUGUUGAAAAAGACAAGUGUUUUACCACAAUGACUCUGCAUCUGCUUGGGGUCAGGUGUGAGAACCACCUGCUGGACACCAAGUAUUAGUACUUCUUUGUACAUGAGGAAGGACUUAAUAUGUCUAAGCUUUUCUUUUGCAGAUGUUGAGCAUACUUUUCAUUUCUUAAAUAAAGGUAUCCUUGAUCAAAA